AUGUUCGAUAACGAAAGCUUUACUACCCAAUCAACCAGUACCAGCGCAAACAACAUGGCUGAUAGGAGUGCAAACCACUUCAACAGUGGGAAAAGAGAAAUCGCCAAAAAUUCUCUUCGAGACGCGUCAGCUAAGUUCGAUGUUGUCGAGGAACAUGCAGAUCAAGCACCACAGAACCCCAUGCGUCAAUUAAGUCAUAGCCUUCGGACUUGCUUGACGGAAAGAACCGACAGUGAGAUUUCACUAGGGUUUACCAGUAUGUUGAGUUUGAUGGCCUCAACAAGGUUUGCUGAAUCCGACCGAUCACUUCUGGCUGCUGGACAGCGCCAUGACCAGCCUAUGCACCGCCCAAUGCGAGAACUCAGUAAAAGCACUUUGUCGAUGGGCUCAACAAGAUUUUCUGGAUCCGAUCGAUCACUUUUUACCUACGAGAAUCUUUCUUCGUCAUCUCCAGGUGUUAAUAUCGACAACUAG